UCUUAUGUCAGUUUAAUGCCUAGGCCCUGCUGGAGACCCAAAGAAGGGCGCAGCAGAGCCGAGGGGGCGGCCCCGCGCACGCCGCGGCCGGGAGGAGGCCGAGCUGCCUGCCGAGCUGCCUGCCGACCGUCACGGAGACAGCAAAGCGCCGGAAGGCGCCUGCGCGCCGGAAGGAGAGGGGACCAGGCCCGUUUCCGGGGAGGGGAGCGCGCAUGCGUAGGCGGCACGCUGUGGCCGUUUGAGGGCAAGGCGAACCCGGAAGUGCGGGACCUGAGGGAUUUCUGGCUGCGGCGGGACGACGACUGGUGGGUGAUGGAGGCGGGCGCGGCAGCAGAAGAUGGUCGGGACGGCCCCCGGGAGCGGCUACGCUUGGGCGAAGCUGGGAGGCAGCAGCAGAACCACGAAGUGCGGCCUCAAUCCACAGCCGACCGGUUUCCGAAACAUUCCUACUGGCUGGAUCUGUGGCUCUUCAUCCUCUUCGACGUGGUGUUGUUCAUCUUCGUGUAUCUUUUACCGUAAAUGGUUUGCCUGAUGUCUAGAUUAAGAAGUUGGUUCCUGGAGUGGAUUCUGAGAAUGACUACAAACCUCUUGAACAAAGAAGACAGGAUUGUGCAACAGAAUCUCAAACUGAGGGACUUUUCUUUCAUUUUACAAACUCUUAUUAUUCCUUUUGGGGACUAUAUUAAAUGGGUAAUGAUCUCACCCAUUCACAGCUAAAUUCUUAAAACUAGACUCUGAUUCAUGUUUAAAAACUUUUCAAAAUCUGAUGGCUUUACAGGGGCUGAAUAUUAAAACAUUUCUAUGUAAAGGUUUAGUGUAUUCAUUAAGAAAUAUAGUAAUGUCUUGCCUUUAACAUUUUAAGGAUUAGCCAGAUUAGUAUAAUACAAAAAUGUAAAAUAUUAAAGUGAAAUAUUUAAAAACAAAUUACUCAAAAGGGAAGGAUUUUGAGAAAAGGGAGUUAAGAGCUAUACAGAAAAUAUAGGCCCACAAUGUCCUAACCGUAAGUACCAGUUUGUUAGAUUAAGUGGGCCUCUGUGAUGGCUGCCAGAUUGUUAAUAAUCUCAGAGAAAGUAUAUAAAUAUAAUAUCCAAAUAUCCAACAUGGGAAAUCUAGUGUGCAUGUCCUCUUACCUUUGUUUUCUUUUCAGUUCUUGAACUCCCCUAAAAUAAGAAUAUGUCUGAAACCUAUUUAUUGUGAUUGCAUUAAGAAUGCUUGUGGCCAAAAUGUGUUUUUUUAUAUAAUGGUUAUAUACCUUAAAUACUUCAGCAGAGUCAUUUCAACAAAUAUUUGAGCACUUACUCUGGGCCAGGUACAGUACUGAGCAAAAAAGACAAAAAUCCUUGCCUUUAUGGAGCUUACAUUCUUUAUCUAAAUGUUAGUAAGAAUUUACAUUCUAGGAGUGAUCAACUAGUGUUUAAUCAGAAAGUUAACACUCCCAAAGCAGCUACUAAAAGCCGUCAGAAGCUAUUCCUAUUACAUAACAGAUACUCCUUUAAGUAACAGAUGUUAGAAAUGGGCUCUUUUUGAAAUUGGUGACAUUUGAUACAUGUGAAUUGCCUAAAUAUUUUGAAGACAUUCCCCUCCCUUAGAAACAGGGCAUAGAUCUGGUAAACUUUAUAUCCUUUCCCUCUUAGAAUAGCAUUUACAGUGAAAUGUGGGACUGAUUUUGGUAGAUUUUAAUUGCCUAUUGCCCACUACAAGGUAACAGUAAUGCCUAUGGGGUAUUGUUGCAUCUGUCUGGAGUGAACCUUUUAUGCAAAAAUUGAAGCACCUAAAGAAACACAAAACUGAAAUUACAUUGAGUAUACCAAACAGUGCAAACUUUUUCUGCUGAUUGCUAAUAAUUUUGUCCAAUAAAUGUUUAUUGCCUAGCUAA